GUGGGGCAGCUGGUGUGUCGCGUGUGGUGUUAGUGGACGCCAUGAAUUUAAAUCAAUAAACGUUAAAAGUCAAGAUAAUUCUCCAACAUGUUGUUUGGAAAAGAUGUGCCAUGGAGGCGUUUGGAGGGCAUGUCGUUUGGCAUGUACUCUGCCGAAGAGAUAAGGAAGUUGAGUGUGAAGGCGAUCACUAACUCAAGGUUCCUGGAUGCAGUUGGGAAUGUGGCCCCAAACAGCCUGUAUGAUCUGGCACUGGGACCAGCAGAUAACAAAGAGGUGUGUUCCACUUGCUGUCAGGACUUCAACAGUUGUCCAGGACACCUGGGGCAUGUGGAGCUACCUCUACCUGUGUACAACCCAUUGUUCUUUGAUAAACUCUACCUGUUGAUUCGUGGUUCCUGUCUGGCGUGUCACAUGUUAACGUGUCCCCGAGCUGCCAUCCACCUGCUGCUAAACCAGCUUAAGUUAGUGGACCAUGGUGCCAUGCAGGAGGUCUACCAGAUAGAGCAAGUUCUCAGCCAGUACUUGGAGGAGAAUCCCAAAGCCUCUGGAGAUGAGAUUGAGCAGGUGCUUAAAGAGUUUACAGACACAGUACUCGGAGUGAACGCUGAAGAUUCAGAGAGCACCAAACCAAUUAAACAUCUCGUUGAAAAGAAGAGCAGUCUGAUAAAUGACUUCUGGAGGAUCCACAUGAAAACUAGGAAAUGUCCAUGGUGCAGGAGUGGCAGAUUUGCAGUGCGUCGUGAGCACAACACCAAGCUGAUUAUCACAAUGCCGUCAGGAGUACAGACCAGUGAAAGUACUGAUGAAGAUCUGGUGGCUGGGAAGAGAGUCUACCUGACCGCUAGUACUGCCAGAGAACACACCAGCAAACUGUGGGAGAAAGAAGGUUUCUUCCUGAAGUGUCUGUUCUCUGGGCUUGAGGAGGCCACGGCAUCAAAGGAGGGAGAGAAAGGUUUCUAUCCUGACCUCUUCUUCCUGGAGCUGUUGGUGGUCCCACCUUCCAGGUAUCGUCCAGUCAAUCGACUGGGUGACCAGAUGUUCACUAACGGUCAGACAGUCAACAUGCAGGCUGUCAUGAAGGACUGUGGAAUCAUAAGGAAACUUCUGGCUCUGAUAGCCGGCGAGAAAAACACUCAGGAAGAAGAAGAGGCUGCUGAACAGACAGACCAGUCGUUCCUGUCGGGGAUCCCUGGGCAGACAUUGACAGAUAAACUCUACAACAUCUGGAUCCGACUGCAGAGCCACGUCAACAUCGUCUUUGACAGUGACAUGGACAAAAUGAUGACAGAAAAAUACCCUGGAAUCAGACAGAUCUUGGAGAAGAAGGACGGAUUGUUCCGGAAACAUAUGAUGGGCAAACGAGUGGACUAUGCUGCACGAUCUGUCAUUUGUCCAGACAUGUACAUAGGGACCAACGAGAUAGGAAUACCUAUGGUGUUUGCCACCAAGCUGACCUACCCUCAGCCCGUCACUCCGUGGAAUGUAAAGGAGCUCCGCCAGGCCGUUCUUAAUGGACCGAACGUUCACCCCGGGGCUUCCAUGGUGAUAAACGAGGAUGGUAGGAGAACCAUCUUAUCGGCUUCCAGCCUCGCACAGAGAGAAGCGGUUGCCAAGCAACUGCUGACGCCCUGUCCUGGUCCCCAUAAGAUGCCAAUGAAGAUAGUGAAUCGUCAUAUAAAGAAUGGAGAUGUUUUGUUACUCAACAGACAACCAACUCUGCACAGACCCUCCAUACAAGCUCAUUCUGCCCGCAUCCUCCCAGGAGAGAAGGUUUUAAGGCUCCACUAUGCCAACUGCAAGGCAUACAAUGCUGACUUUGAUGGAGACGAGAUGAAUGCUCACUUCCCUCAGAGUGAGCUGGGCAGAGCGGAGGCCUACAUGUUAGUCAGCACCGACCAGCAGUACCUCGUCCCCAAGGAUGGUAAACCUUUAGCAGGGCUGAUCCAGGACCAUAUGGUGUCAGGGACGAGAAUGACGAUACGAGGCUGUUUCUUCACCCGAGACCAGUACACUGAGUUGGUGUACAGAGGACUGACCGACAAACCAGGCAGAGUUAAACUGCUGCCGCCGGCCAUACUCCGACCACAGCAGCUGUGGACAGGAAAGCAGGUGGUGUCUACGCUCCUGCUGAAUGUUAUCCCACGGAAAGCAGUGCCUCUCAACCUGGUUGGCAAAUCAAAAAUCCCCAGCAAAGCGUGGAUCCAGGACCCCCCACGUGCUGCUCCGGGAUACAAACCUGACAGCAUGUGUGACUCACAGGUGGUGAUUCGCCAGGGGGAGCUGUUGGUGGGGGUUUUAGACAAAGCUCACUAUGGCUCCUCAGCCUACGGUCUGGUCCACUGCUGCUAUGAGCUGUACGGAGGAGAGACCAGCGGCAAACUGCUCAGCUGUCUGGCUCGACUCUUCACUGCCUACUUGCAGCUAUACAGAGGCUUCACUCUGGGUGUGGAGGACAUUCUGGUGAAACCGGGUGCCAAUAAGCAGAGGAAGAAAAUCAUUCAAAAAUCACUAACGAUCGGCACCAAAGCCCUCCAGGCAGCCUUCAACCUGCCCUCCAACGUGGAUCAAGCUGAGGCUCAGAGCCGCUGGCAGGACGCUCACCUCAACCCAGACCAGAGAGACUUCAGCAUGGCCGACCACAAGUUCAAAGAAGUGGCCAACCAAGUGAACAAUGACAUCAACAAGGUGUGUAUGCCCAUCGGACUCCACACAUCUUUCCCAGACAACAACCUUCAGCUGAUGGUCCAGUCAGGUGCCAAGGGAUCUACUGUUAACACCAUGCAGAUUUCGUGUCUGCUAGGUCAGAUCGAGUUGGAGGGCCGUAGGCCUCCACUGAUGCCCUCUGGGAAAUUCUUGCCAUGCUUCCAACCAUAUGACCCUGCACCUGGGGCUGGAGGCUUUGUCUCUGGAAGAUUCCUCACAGGCAUCAAACCACAGGAGUUUUUCUUCCACUGUAUGGCUGGCAGAGAAGGACUGGUCGACACAGCUGUGAAAACCUCUAGAUCAGGAUACCUGCAAAGAUGUGUCAUAAAGCAUCUGGAGGGUUUGGUAGUGCAGUACGAUCUAACAGUGAGAGACAGCGAUGGAUCUGUGGUCCAGUUCCUGUACGGUGAAGAUGGGCUGGAUAUCCCCAAGACUCAGUUCCUGCAGCCAAGACAAUUCCCCUUCAUAGAGGACAACUAUGAGGUCAUCCAGAGGUCCCAGGGCCUGGACAAGGUUUUGGCACGUUUGGACCCUCAGACCGCCAGUCAACACUUUGCAGCCAUCCAGCGCUGGAAAGCAAAGAGAGAGAAUGCAGGUCCACGGAGAGGAGCGUUCCUGUUGUUUUCCCAGAAGAAGUUGGCCAAACUAAAACAGACUGAGCAAACAACACAGUCAGAUGUCAAUGGCAGAAAUGCUGUCAUGCUGCAGGUUGCACAGCAGUGGCACUCUCUGGAUGAAGCUAGCAGAUUAAAAUACAGCAGGAAGUCCUCUCGCUGCCCUGAGCCCUCGCUCGGCUCGUUUAGGCCAGAUGUCUGCUUCGGAUCAGUGUCUGAAACCUUUCAUGACAUCACAGAGAAAUAUCUGCAGAACAGAGGCAGCAUGAGUAAAGACACGCUAGACACCCACAGCCUUCGCCAGCUGUUGUACUAUAAAUGGCAGCGUUCACUGUGUGAUCCAGGUGAAGCGGUUGGUCUGCUGGCAGCUCAGUCCAUAGGUGAGCCCUCCACGCAGAUGACCCUCAACACCUUCCACUUUGCUGGCAGAGGAGAGAUGAACGUCACUUUGGGAAUACCUCGACUAAGAGAGAUCCUGAUGGUGGCCAGCUCCAACAUUAAAACUCCCAUGAUGAGCGUUCCAGUACUGAACACCAAGAAGGCCUUGAAGAGGGCCAAGACGCUCCGUAAGAAACUCACCAGGGUGUGUCUGGCUGAGGUCCUGCAGAAAGUGGAUGUGAUAGAAUCACUGAGGAUUGAAAAUCACCAAAAGCUGCGGACUUUCAAGGUCGCCUUCCACUUCCUGCCUCCUGACCGCUACUCUGAUGAUAAGCUACUGUCGCCCCAACAGAUCCUCCACUACAUGGAAACAAGGUUUUUCCGUCUCCUCCUGGAGGCUAUCAAAAAGCGCAGCGCCAAGCUGGCCUCCAUCGCCGUGGAGACGAGGAGGGCCACCCCUAGAGAUAAAGACCUCGAUGGCGAUGGAACGGCUGACACAGCAGGGUUAGAUGACGGGGAAGGAGAAGAGGAGAGAGAGAUUGUUGAUGACCAGGGGAACGAAGGAGAUGCAGACGCCUCAGACGCCAAGAGAAAAGGCAAACAGGAGGAGGAGGUGGACUAUGAGAGUGAAGAGGGGGAUAGAGGUGAUGACGGCGAUGAUAAAGAAGAUCAGGGGGAGGAAGAGGAGGAGAAGAAUGAGGAGCAGAACACUCAGGAAGAGUCCCUGCCAGAGUCUGCAGGAGUGAGACCGGAGGGGAAGAAGAAACGAGCAAAGAGAAGGGAAGGAGAAGCGACCUUGAGUCAGAUGAGAGUCAACUCUGUUCUAGAGUCCAACCCGGCGAUAGAGAAAUACUGCUACGAUCAUCAGCAUGAACUCUGGUGUGAGGUUUAUCUUGUGUUACCGGUCAGCAAGGUGCACUUUGACCUGACCUCAGUACUGUCAACACUGGCCCAGAACGCCGUCAUCAUGGAAACCAAAGGCCUGACUCGCUGCCUGCUGAGUGAAACUACAAAAAAGACUGGAGAAAAAGAGACGGUCCUCAACACAGAGGGCAUCAACAUGCACGAAUUGUUCAAGUACAGUGAUAUCUUAGACAUAAACAGGCUGUACUCCAAUGAGGUCCAUGCCAUGGCUAACACCUAUGGGAUUGAAGUGGCUCUGAAGGUCAUAGAGAAGGAGAUCAAAGAUGUCUUUGCUGUCUAUGGUAUCGAGGUUGACCCCAGACAUCUGUCUCUUGUAGCAGACUACAUGUGUUUUGAAGGUGUAUAUAAGCCCUUAAACCGACAUGCCAUCAGGUCCAACUCCUCCCCGCUGCAGCAGAUGACCUUCGAGACCAGUUACAAAUUCCUCAAACAGGCAACCAUGCUGGGGUCACACGAUCAGCUGGUGUCACCCUCAGCCUGCCUGGUGGUGGGGAAAGUUGUCAAAGGUGGAACAGGGCUGUUUGAACUCAAACAACCUCUACAGUAGGAAAGGAGAAACCACACAUGACCUGAUUUGAUUAACGUUUGAGGGGAGUGUUUUUCAGAUGUGUUGCCUCCCACUUAAAACUUCUGACAAAUAAAUAAAUAAAUUUUUGUAUUUCAGUUCCUAGUAAAUGUGGACAGUCUUCUCAUCAGAUUCCCAUCAAAUGUUACCCAUCCAUGGCUAGACUUAUGUUUGUUUUUUGUUUGUUUUUUUGAGAUGAAUGAAAUCACUGAGCACUGUAUCAUACUGUAAAAGGAAGCAUUGCAGGAGUUUACAGCACCAAAGUCAACACAGUAUACACACAAUGGUGUAAUUUCUAGAAGUAUAAAAGCUAGUGGA